AUGGCGACUUCAACGCUGCUCUGCCGUUCCGGAUCCCGCCUGCUGCUACAAACCGCACCCAGCUCCAGGAUCAGUCGGAGUACCCUCCAAAGACUGCAAAAUGUAGCAGGGGCUCAACCUUUCCCCUGCCUUUCAGUCCUCAGUCGCUACUAUGCCUCCAAAUCAUUUCCUCCGCAUACCGUGAUCAGCAUGCCCGCUCUAUCACCUACGAUGACUGCUGGCAACAUUGGGGCAUGGCAGAAGAAGGUCGGGGAUACAUUGGCACCUGGUGAUGUGUUGGUCGAGAUCGAAACGGACAAAGCUCAGAUGGACUUUGAGUUCCAGGAAGAGGGCGUGCUAGCAAAGAUUCUCAAAGAAUCGGGAGAGAAGGAUGUGCCAGUUGGAAACCCAAUUGCCGUGAUGGUCGAAGAGGGUACAGAUAUCGCGGCUUUUGAAGAGUUUACGCUCGAGGACGCUGGUGGUGCCAAGGAGCCUCCCAAGGAGCAGCCGAAAGAGGAGGCGUCUGAAGCCUCAGAGAAGCCAGACUCAGGCUCUCCUACUGCUCCUCCAAGCGAACCAAAAGAAGCAACCCCGCAAGCUGUCGAGUCGGACUCAACUGGCGGACGGCUGGAACCUGUACUCGACAGGGAACCUAACAUCAGCUUCGCCGCCAGGAGGCUCGCUCUGGAGAAGGGUGCUCCGAUCAAGGCGAUCAAGGGAACUGGCCCAGGUGGGCGCAUCACAGUCUCUGAUGUCGAGAAAUUCCAGCCUGCAUCUGGUGCAGCCCCUGCCGGGUCAGCAGCUCCAACCUAUGAGGACAUCCCAGCGAGCUCGAUGCGGAAGACAAUCGCCGCUCGACUCAAGGAAUCGGUGAAUCAGAAUCCGCACUACUUCGUCUCGGCCACAGUCUCGGUGACGAAAUUGCUCAAGCUCAGAGAAGCUCUCAAUGCUGCGUCUGACGGCAAGUACAAACUCUCGGUCAACGACUUUCUGAUCAAGGCCUGUGCAGUUGCCUGCAAGAAGGUUCCCACUGUCAACUCAAGCUGGAGAGAGCAAGACGGUCAGGUCGUCAUCCGGCAACACAAUACUGUGGACGUCAGUGUUGCAGUUGCCACUCCUAUCGGUCUAAUGACCCCCAUUGUUAAGAAUGCGGACAGCAUCGGGCUCUCUUCGAUUUCAUCAGCAGUGAAGGACCUUGGCAAGCGGGCACGGGACGGCAAGCUCAAGCCUGAAGAAUACCAGGGCGGUACUUUCACUAUCAGCAAUAUGGGCAUGAACCCAGCCGUGGAGAGAUUCACGGCUGUCAUUAAUCCGCCCCAGGCAGCCAUUCUGGCGGUUGGUACUACGCGCAAGGUCGCCGUGCCAGUCGAGACGGAGGAUGGCACCGCCACCGAAUGGGAUGAUCAGAUUGUCGUCACCGGCAGCUUCGACCACAAGGUUGUGGAUGGUGCGGUGGGUGGUGAAUGGAUCCGGGAGCUGAAGAAAGUGAUUGAGAAUCCGCUGGAGAUGAUGCUGUAG